GAGAGCGGCAGACUGAACGGUAGCAAGUGGUGCAAAAGUGUUUGAGAGAAUAAAAUUUCAAAAAAAAAAAAAAAUUUGUUGAAGCAUAAUGACUAUAACAAAACUGGAUUUCCAAAACAACGCGGGGCACAACAAACGGAAAAAGUUCGACUGGUAUUGGGCGCCCAUCUACUGCGCCAUCUGGUACACACUUUUCUAUGCCGCCGCAGUCCCCAGUUUCUACAAUUAUCCAAAAACUCUACUCAUCGAAGAUGAGCUACAUCAUCCGGAUGAAUUCAUUGGCGAACGUGCCGAGUUCCAAUUAAUAACAUUGGCUAGUCUUGGCGUAAAACUAUCUGGUACUUUUGAAAACGAAGUAUUGGGGGUAAACUUUUUACUCCGCGAGAUAGAAAAAAUCAAGGCGCAAGCACGACUUGAUCUCUACGAUAUUGAUGCAGAGGUACAAUAUGCAUCGGGAAAGUUUGAAAUCUGGGGUAUGGCCUCGAGUUAUCGCAAUGUCUCGAAUGUGGUGGUGAAACUGGCGCCGAAAAAUGCUAAAUCCGCCUCAUACUUACUUGUGAAUGCGCAUUACGACUCGGAAGUGCACUCGCCGGCAGCGGGAGAUGAUGGCGUAAUGGUUGUUAUUAUGUUGGAGACUCUUCGGGUAAUGGCCAAAUCGGAGAAACCGCUCGUGCAUCCUGUAGUCUUCCUCUUCAAUGGUGCCGAGGAGAGUAAUCUCUUGGCAUCUCAUGGCUUCAUUACGCGCCACAGAUGGGCGCAGUAUUGCAAAGCUGUCAUAAACCUCGAUUCAGCUGGCUCAGGUGGUCGAGAGAUACUCUUUCAAUCAGGGCCCAACCAUCCAUGGCUCAUGAAGUAUUACAAGCAAAGCGUUCCUCGGCCAUUUGCCACUACAAUCGCUGAGGAGUUAUUCCAAAAUAAUUUUGUACCUUCCGACACGGAUUUUCGUAUCUUUCGUAGUUAUGGCAUGGUGCCAGGACUCGAUAUGGCACACUCGCUGAACGGCUAUGUCUAUCACACCAAAUACGAUACUUACACUAAUCUCGAACGGCGCACAUGUCAAACUACUGGUGAAAAUAUUCUUGCAUUGACGUGGGCACUAGCCAAUGCACCGGAGCUGAAAAGCCCUGAAGACUAUGCCAAAGGCCACACUGUAUUCUAUGACUACCUCGGCUGGUUUAUGAUUUUCUACACUGAAGACACUGGCAUCAUACUUAACAUUACCAUCUCUGUUUGUGCUAUCGUGGUGAUCUUAUCUUCCGUUUUUCUUAUGACACGCGCUACUGAUGCCGAUUCAAUUAAGCGUGUCGUCAUUCGCUUCAUUACCAUCUUCGGUGUACAGAUCGCAACAAUCGCCGUAGCUGUGGGCUUAACGUUUCUGAUUGCAGUCGCUAUAGACGGUAUUGGCGCUUCAGAAUGUUGGUAUUCGGAGACCUGGCUAAUAUUUGGCCUCUACUUUUGCCCCAUGUUCUUUGUAAUGACUUUUAUACCGGCGAUCUAUAUACGUUGGACCAAGGAGGGUACCAACAUGCGACUUGAUGAUACUUUGGCCUGUUUCAUGCAUUCACAUUGCCUCAUUCUGGCAUGCAUUUGCCUAACUAUGACCGGUCUGAGCAUACGUUCGGCUUUCUUCCCCAUGAUCGCAAUUUUUUUCUACACAAUAUCUGUUGUAUUGAAUAUUAUAAAUGGUCUUUGGGGCAAGAAAUACUUAUACUUGCCAAUUCACCUUGCUUGUCAGCUGCUGCCUUUCUGGUUUUACACCUACCUCACACUUGCUUUCCUCAAGAUUUUCAUACCCAUGCAAGGUCGUGAUGGUCCGACAAGUAAGCCCGAGUUUUUGAUUGCUGGUCUUUGUGCUAUAAUGAGCAUACAUUUUGGUGGAUUUAUCCUACCUAUUUUAAAUCGAUUCCGCAAAUCAAAAACGUUUUUAAGUUUAUUUGGAGUAAUCUGCUUGAUCUUCAUUAUGAUUGCAUGCCUGCCUACUGGCUUUCCAUUUGAAAAGGAUGUAGCGGUCCAGAGAGUUUACGUUUUGCACACUACCCGCACCUUUUACGACGAGCGUGGUUUCGUUUACAGAAACGAAUCUGGGUUCUAUGUACAACCAGUUGAUAGACGCAGUGACACACUGAAGAAAAGUGUCUUUCAAAAUGCCGAGCCAAAAUCGGUGCUUGAGGAGGAUUGUAACACGGAAUUGCUUUGUGGUCUACCACUGUAUAACUCCCGUUGGCGAGAUUGGAAAAACUACUCGCGUUGGAUAGCUGCACCAAUUCCGCACUUACCCAUACCAACUGAAAUCGAACUAACCUUCAAAACUCAUAUAACAGAUACCAGAGUACGCUAUGGCUUUAGCCUUAAGUCAGCAGAUCGCGUUGUUCUCUACGUUGAUCCAUACCCUAAUACGACGGUAGCAGAUUGGAGCUUUGAUCUGACGCCGUUGAAAAGUAAAUUCCCGACACCUUAUUUUGUGUACCACUUUUAUUCGAUGGAUGACAGACCACUGCAAUUCUGGAUUGAAAUGGAUCGUGGUUCAACUGACUAUGAGGGUGGCACUCUACGUCUCGGCAUCGGCGCCCACUUUUUAUAUCAUGAAGAUCAGUAUACCGAAGAAUUUAAAGGAUUCUUGGACGAAUUCCCAGAGUGGUCUUAUCCAAUAGACUGGGUGGCUUCAUUUGAAAGUCGCAUAUUUUAG